CAUUCCUGUGAAGAAGUGACAAAAUAAUCGUCCACAAUAAUGGCGACCAUGGUGGAGGAUCAGAAUUCGAUUGAUAUGAACGAGGAUAAAGAUUCGUCAUUCGACCAAGUCACACACAAUUGGGUGGACAUCACUCAAGAGUUCUUUGAGGCGAUCACAGAAUUGGAGCUGGGAGAACUGUUACAUGAUGAACUAUUUGGAUUAUUCGAAGCCAUGUCUGCUAUUGAGAUGAUGGAUCCAAAAAUGGAUGCGGGCAUGUUGUGCAAUCGAGGGAACAACAAGCCUUGCACCUUCACCCAAGCAGUCGAUUCAGGAACAAUCAAACUAGAUAACUUUACACCAGCUGAAAUUAUAGGGAUAAUAGAUUCUACAUACGCAUGUAUAGUGUCUUGGUUAGAAGGUCACAGUCUUGCGCAAACUGUUUUCACGAACUUGUACUUGCAUCAACCCGCGCAAAUACUGGACAAGCCUUUGAAGACCUUUUGUUAUGCAGUGUACAAGAUAAUAGAGAUAAUCAAGGACUGUAUUAACAAAGCUUUAGUAUUUGAGGAAGAAGAUUUUCAAAGUGUUACCUAUGGCUACAGAUUACAGCAAGAUAUUACUGAACAGAAAACGAUAUCCAUGUUACGAGAAGUGGAAGAAGAAUUGCAUCGGAAAAGCAGGAUAAAACUUGUCGAUGUUGAAUCUGAGAAAGAGUAUAAUGAUGGAAUAGCACUUUAUGCGAGAAUUCGAUUUACCAAAAUGUUUUAUCAAGUGUUAAUGCUAAUGGGCCGGAAGCAGCAGUUGCAACAAAAUUUAAGUGAUUGUCAAAGAUUGUUAUCAAAUUGUUCCGAUAUGCUUCACAUUAUGAUCUUAACGGUGGCUCGCGGAGAAAAAGCUGAUGAAGUUUCUAAUCAUCCAAAUAUCAUGGGAUUUGAUCCCAUGGUAAAUCAAAGAUUGUUACCACCAACGUUCCCUCGGUAUACCAAAAUUAAACCAAGAAUAGAUGCCUUGGAAUAUUUACUGGAGCUGAUAAACAGGUUCAAAAUGGUUACAAAAAUCACGAAUCAUGUCGGAUUUCAUGCGGCUUUGGAUUUUUUCUUAGAAUUUUCGCGUCAGAGUCCAUGCAUAUUGUCUAGGUCUAUGUUGCAAAUUGUUUACUUGCCUGCCACUAACCGCGUGUUUGGUGUGCAUAAUUUCGCCGAUGUGCUGAGAGACGCAGCGCGAAAUUUUAUCGCACCGCCUGUGUUAAUGCCAAAGAGCACGUUACUUCAAAAUCACCAAGCCAAGGAGUACGUCGAUAGCUUUCUGUCACAUUGUGUCAGUUUGUUCGGAAGCCUAUUGCAACUCAGUGGACAUAAUAGAGCGAGACAAAGGGACAAGUUGGCACAUUUAUUGGAAGAUUUUGCUACACUACAAGAUGAAGCGGAGAGAGUUGAUGGAUAUUUACAUACUCUAUCGUUGAAAAGUGAUACGCCAAGGCCUCAUUUGGCCUGUUUCGGUACCUGGAUUUUGUACCAUACGCUACGUGUGAUGGUUAUGUAUCUAUUAAGUGGCUUUGAGCUUGAAUUAUAUUCGGUACAUGAAUACCAUUACAUCUUUUGGUAUUUGUACGAAUUUCUGUACGGUUGGCUCGUAUCUGCAAUUACGCGGGCUGAUACGUUCUUGAUGGAGCAGGAUGUACACAAUGAUACGCAUAAGGGUAGAGGCGGCAAGAAGAGUUCUAAAAAUAAGAAGAAGAAAUCGACGCCGAGACCAUACAGUCUGGAAAUAUUGAUGUAUCAGGCAUUGCAAAAUAUAUGCGGCGGAUAUUAUAAAGCUUUAGUCGGUUUUCGCAUGGACGGAAAAAUUCCUCUUCCAGAGAUUCAAUUUGAUUCUGAGCGAGUAAGAUAUGAGCACAGAUUAUUGCCGUUUUCAUCCUUGUUGACGCCACCGCCUGUUCAUUAUCAAGAAUUUUUAGAUAUGACAAAUGCCCAAAUGCAUAAAAGAAAUGAAAAAGUCACUAGUGAAAUGCAGUACGUGGCUGGUUGUCGACAUUUUCAUCAAGCUAGAAAUAUGUUGGAGCGCGCGUUAUUGCUUUAUUCAUCAAAUAGUUUAAUGGAAAAUGAAAUCAAUAAUUUGUUGAAAGUAGCAAAGACGAAUUUCGUGGUGCUAAAGUUGUUAGCUGACGGACACAAAAAGGAUUCGAAAGAACCACCACUCUUCGAUUUUUCUUGUCAUCGUCAUUUUCCUCUGAUUAAAUUAAUCUAAAUUAUAUAUUUGUAUCAAUCAUUUCCCACAAUAUAAAGAGCAUGUUAUUUAUUUUAAUUUUACUUUUACGGAAAAUUAUCUCCCUUUAAUUCAACUUUUUAUCUUCAUUCAGACGCUUUUAAAUGAUCUCCUUAUUCCAUGCAUUUCCUUCCGUCGUUCGAGCACAAUUGUAAAUUUUAAAGUUAAGAAAUGCUUUGCUGCAAUUUAUGUAUAACUUGUACGCUGGAAGGAAAUGAUAUUUGUACAUAAGUUAAAACUACAAAUCGUAUCUACAUUAAGACCAGAGAUAUAAAAUGAAUAUUAUGAAUGAUUGUAUUAGAUUUAAGAAUUACACGUUGAUGUGAGCUGUAAAUAUGUUUAUGCAAUAUAAAAAGUGAUAGUCUGAAA